AUGACUGUUCCUGUCCCUGCCUCCUCUCUGGCCCAGGCCGCCGCCACCGGCGAGCUCAAGUCGGCUGCCCUUCAACAUCUCAACGACUCUAUUAAUCCCACUACCGCCUCCGCCAUCGCCGCUGUCAUCGACAACAACGAAACCACCGCCCCCACUGCCCCCGCCCAUCUUGCUCAUUUGCACGACAACGAAACCGGAUUCCAGAACGAUGCCUUCUUGGAUACCACCAACGACACCCAGGAAGCUGGAUCGUUCGAGGGACCCGAGAAACUCUUGGAGAUCUGGUUCGGCCCUGCUCCUUACCUCUUACAGGGCAUCCGCACCAUUCCCGUCGAGUUUCAGACUCCCGUCUCGGAGGAAGAUCCUCUCGGAGGAUCUGACCGUUACGGCCUCCGCAUCGUCCCCAAAACUGUCUGGGACGAGAUGCUGACCAUUGUCAAGUGCCAGGUCCUUAACUCGAUCCAGAACGACUGCAUGGAUGCUUUCCUCCUGAGCGAGUCCUCAUUCUUUGUCUACCCUCACAAGUUGAUCCUCAAGACCUGCGGCACCACCACUCUGUUGAUGGCCUUACCCAAGAUCUUGGAGAUUGCUCAGAACUACUGUGGGCUCGAGACGGUCUGGCGCGUGUUCUACUCCCGCAAGACUUUUAUGUUCCCCGAGCGCCAGCUCCAUGUGCAUCGCGACUGGAAGGACGAGGUCGCCUUCUUGGAUCGUCACUUUGAACACGGAUCUGCUUACACAGUCGGUAAGGUCAACGGCGAUCACUGGUGCCUCUACCUGACCGCUCCUCAGGACGAUUGCCUCUCGCACAUCACCUCUCGCCGCAACAGCUUCAGCUCGGACACUGUCGCCAACGGCAACGAGGAAAACAGCAGCGAUGUGGUCGUUGUCGGCGGACAUGGGGAGACUGGUACUCAGCCCUUGAGCAUUGUUACUCGCGAGAUCAGAGGUGAUUCUGGCGCAGCCUCGCCCAUUGCUUCAUCGCCCAGCCUUUCGUCGGCUUCGUCUCUCUCGUCAUCUUCGUCUUCGAUCUCGAUCGCGUCUUCCUCCAGCAGUGCCAGCUACCUUUACCCUUCGCACGAUCAGACCGUUGAGAUUCUGAUGACUAACUUGAACCCCGAGGCCAUGAAGCGGUUCUACCAGCGCGAGGAUGAUGUCCCCGGCACUGUCGGUGGUGUCCGUGUUGAUCAGGAGACUGGUUUGGCAGGAUUGUUCCCCCAGGCUCAGUUGGACUCGUUCCUGUUUACACCCUGCGGUUACUCGGCUAACGCGCUCCAGGACGGCAACUACUAUACGAUCCACGUGACCCCCGAGCCCGUCUGCUCGUACGCGUCAUUCGAGACGAACAUUCCUGUGGGCUUGCGCCAGAAGAAGAGCAGCAAGAGCCGCUCUGCAUCUGACAACAACCCGGCUGGAUCGUCGUCUGCUAGCGAGGAAGGAGACGCCACUGAGGAGGGCAAGACCAAGCAGGAUGUUGUCAGCGAGGCAACCUACACUGGACCUGAGACCUUGACAGACUUGAUCUCGCGGGUGGUCGAGAUCUUCCAGCCUGGCACCAUGAGCGUCACCUUGUUUUCGUCCCAUAUGACUGAGGAUGGUCAGAUGGAAUCGGAGCGCCAAAUGGAGCGCCGCCAGCGCCGCAUGGUCAAGGCUAUGGGCCGUAUCACCGGUUUCUCUCGCACUGAUCGUAUCCUGUACGAAUUUGAUGGCUGCGACUUGGUCUUUGGUCACUUUGUGGCCAAGGCCUAA